AGCAUCGCUCAGCUGCUUGCUAUUUAGUUAUAUUCUCCUAUUGAUGCUUGUCGCGUGUGCUCGAAAAACUUAGUCAAGUUUUCUAUUGCUAUUGUUAUUUCCAUUUCCAAUUCAAAUUCAAUUUUAAUUGAAGGUUUCAAUAAAUUCCCCAAAUGAACUUGCAACGUCUUUCUCAACUGUCUUUUCUGCCCCUGCUGUCGCUGUUACUUCCCUUUUCCGGUGGUCAACAGUUGCCGGAUAAUGCCUGUGCUCAAUAUUUUCAAUACCUUCAGUCCGGCAUUAGCGGCCUUUACGGCGAGUUGACGCUCGCCCUGCAAAAUGGCCGCAAUCGCAUCGAUAUGAGAUUCUCGCAGCGGGGAGCACAAGAUCAAGCUGUUGUUGGCGCUCUGCUCCCGCAUCCGGAUGAUGCCACCGCACGUGCUAAUUUUCAGGCCGCCAAGUUUCGCCUUAGUCUCUGGCCAGAUGCAACAGGUGUACUCCCCAAACUCACAGCUUUGGCCUUCAACAACGUCCCACUCUGUACGGGCAGUGAAUAUCCUCCGCCCAGCAGCUAUUUUAAUCGCUUCUAUGAGAUCCAAUUUAAUAGUCGUCAAGUGACUGCUCCCGUUGUGUUCAAUGGAUUCGGAGCAAGUCAGUCCGAUGUGAAGAUUAAGAUUAUCAAUGCACCCAUUGGCAAAGAGCUGUCAGAAGAUGACAUUCCAGACUUAAUCGCCAGUUGGAUCAACGAAAAACCCUCUACUUCAGUUGCUGUCCGACCGACUUGGUCAACUGGAAUCCCUACUGCAAUUAUGCCCUGGCCAAGUCCAGCAACACCAGCAACAACAACCAAAACAACAGUAUCCGUACUGCCAGCUGUACCAGCUGUGAUUCCGUCGAUUCCGUCGAUUCCGACACCAUUUAAUCCAAUUUUGGGGGUGCAAUCGAGUUCGUUUGUGUGUGGAGAAGAAGGCACGACCACCCCUUUUAUUCAAAGGGGAGUGGAGUUCCCGAGGGGCAGGUAUCCAUGGCUGACGGCCAUCUUUCACAAAGAGAACUUUGCACUCGCCUUCAAAUGCGGCGGAUCGUUGAUCUCCGAGACUAUGGUGAUCACAGCGGCCCAUUGCGUCUACAAGAUAAAGGAAGAUCGCGUCGUCGUGUCGAUGGGUCGCUAUGAUCUGGACAACUACCAUGAAGAAGGCGCCGAAGGACGGGAUGUACUGCGCGUUGUAACGCAUCCAGACUAUUCCUCCCUGGUCCAAAGUCAGCCCGAUGCGGAUAUUGCACUGGUGACACUUCAUCGACCCGUCAACUUCAAUGACAUCAUUCGCCCGAUUUGCCUGUGGGAAUCCGAAGAGAGUGAAGUGAGUGUCGAAACUGGCUCCAUUGCCGGCUGGGGAACGGAUGAGCUGGGUAAUUCAGUGACCCGGUAUCCACGAGUUGUCGAGGCGAAGAUUGCCAGCGGGGCGGAGUGUGCUCGCAAGUGGAAGGGACCAAAGCUCAUGGAGCGCACUCUCUGUGCCGGCAAUCUCGAUGGCUCCGGUCCGUGCCUUGGCGAUUCCGGCGGAGGUCUGAUGAUCAAGCGCAACAAUCGCUGGCUACUCCGGGGCAUAGUCUCCCAGGGAGAACGCAGCACCGUCUUGCACUGCAAUCUCGAUCAGUACGUGCUGUACUGCGAUGUGUCCAAGCAUUUGACUUGGAUCCGUCAAUUUGUAAAGUCAAACUAAGAAAUAUUAAUAAAUAUAUUAAAUAACCCAACAAAUCUGUCAAAAGUGGUUAAGUUAUCUCCAUUGCGACUUAGAUCAGAUUACAACACGUGCUGUAGGAGAUUCAUUCAACAGGGAAAUUAAUAAAUGCCAUAUAAUGACGCCCUCAAAUAA